AUGAAGAAGGCGGCGCCGUCGGCCCCUGUCGGGUCGCUCGCCACCUCUCCUAGCACCCUUGUCGUAGGAGGAACCGAUGACGACCUGAGCGUCACCAUCAAGCUCGACGAGAAGAAGCUGAAAGCGGUGCCCCCGGAGUGGGUCACCCGGUGGGUCGAGGAUGGAGCCUUUGCCGCCAGCGUGCGCGUGCUGUCCCUCCGCAACAAUCAGCUCAGGCAGCUUCCUCCCGAAAUCGGAUACCUCAAGAACCUGGAGGCGCUGCACCUCGACAACAAUCAGUUGACUGCAUGGCCCGAGGAGAUGGCCAGCCUGCGCAAGCUGAAGAUGCUCACGUUCGAGGGCAACGACCAACUCAAAGAGCUUCCCUUUUUCGACCAGUUUCCCGAACUCAGAUCUCUCAAGGUGACGCGCCGAGUCAACUACCGCAUCCCCAUCAAGGUGGCCGCGGGCGGUGGCGAUGCCAUAUUGGACUACCUCCGCACCAUCCGGGUGCUCUCCGAACGCCUUGCACCUCAGAAGCUCGUCGUGUCGUUUGACCCCAAGGCGCACUGGAUUCCCGACAAGGACGCUCCGGGGUGCGCUGAGUGCAAAGUCAGAUUCUCGGUGUUCACUUGGCGGCUUACGUCUGCCUACUAUUACCAGUACCACUGCGACUUGUGCGGAAAAAACUUUUGCUUCAAGGAGCUGAGUCCUCAGAAGAUGCCCAUCCCCUACCUCUCCCUCUCUCCCGCCGAGGUUUGCACGGAUUGCCAUCGAUGCCUGGCACAAACCGCAUCUGCGUUCUCGUCAUCAAACGUGAACAGAGUGCGCAUUCCUCCGCACACAAGCGAUGAGACACUCGCGGUGUCGGACAGCGGCAAGAGGAGGAGCAGGCCGACAACGCCUCGCACCGCCGAAGCGCAGCAGCCCGUGAACGGCCACGAACUCCGGAAGCGCGAAAGCGAAGGCGGACAGCUGAGCCCGCGCCAGGCCGGAGACGACCCGAAGGGCAAGGAGAAGGAAGGCACCACUGACGACGAAGACGACGAUGAGACCAGCUCCGACGAUGCCGAGGUGGACCCUCGGAAGCUGCUCGAGAAGUGGAAGAUCCAAUCACUCGCCAAGCUGAGGGAGGAGACCAAGCGCGGGAUCGAGCUGAUGAAGAAGGAGAUCACCGAGGCCAAGGACAGGGAACUGCGCGAGCUGCGCAGGGAGACCGACAUCCUGCGUGCAGAGCUGGUGGCCGAAAAGCGCCGCAAGGACCGCGGCAAACAGAGGGAGAAGAUCGACCGCGAGGUCCAACUCCAGACCGAACUCGCCAAGAAGAAGGACGAAGUCGCCGCCCUCCAGGACAAGCUCUCCAAAGCCAACAAGGGAAGAGAGCAGCUGCAAAGCAAGCUCCGCAACAUUCGGGAGAGCACCAAGUCGAUGGCCGAUCUCCGGCGCGACUCGCGACGCGACGCGGUAGCCGGCACAGGCGACGUGCAGGAGGUUAGCAGGCGUGAGGAGUUGGAGGCCCGCGAGAAGGAGGUCGCCGAGCGCGAGCGCGAGCUAAAGGAGCGCGGCGAACAGCUCGAGCGCGCCCGCGCCGAGCGCGAGGCGGAAGUACUCGAGAAGGCCGAGAUCAGCAGUCGCAUUACCGAGCUGGCCAAGAUGGUCGAAGACGAGCGCGCCAAGAGCGAGCGCAUCGAAGCCGAGUGGUCGCUCGCGCGUGACUCCGAGCGGGUGCGCCGCGAGCAGGAAGCUAAGCUCAACUCCGAGCUGCAGGAAAGGGCGGAGCUCGAGCAGAGAGAGCGCGCAAAGAGCGAAGAGAGGCUGCAGGCGCUCGCGCAGCAGCUCGACGCCGCGCAAAGAGAGAAGCGCGAACUGGAGCACGCGAUCCGGGCGGAGCUGAACGCGAAGGCGGCCGAGAGGGAAAGCGAAGUCAAGAGCGAAAGCGAAGCUAAGGAGCGCGAGUGGCAGCGGAGGGAGAGCGAAGCCGCGCGCAAGAUCGAUGAGGAGGCGCGGCUGAGGCAGGAAGCCCUCCAAAAGUUGGCGAGUGUCGAGCGCGAGCUGGCCGAGGCCAAGGCGCAGCGGGGCGAGGAGGAGGGGGAGCAGAUGCGACAGCUUCGCGAGAGGAUAGCGCAACUGCAGGCGGAGCUCGAGCAGGAAAGGGCGCAGGUCGCGAAGGCGACGAAGGCCCUCGAGGCCCAGCUGGCGCAGGCAGCCGGCGCGCUAACCCAGGCAAAGAACGAAAGCGACGAAAGAGAGAAGCGCAUCUCUUCGCUUCUUGCGGCGGAGAAGGAGCGCGAGACAGCAAAGAGCGAAAGCGAAGCCGCGAGACGCCAAGCCGAAGAAAGAAGCGCUGAGGUCGAGCGUAGGAGCCAGGAGGAGAAGCGCGAAUGGAUGCGCAGGGAGGACGAGCUGCGCGCGGCGCUGGCCGAAGAGCGAAAGCGAAAGGACGACGCGCUGGAGACGAUCGAAUCGAUGACGAUGGAUCUCGACAGCGCGCGCCGCGACAGUCAAUCGAUCGCUCAGCGCCUGACCGAAGAGAAGAGGGCGGCUCUCGUCGAGGAGUCAGCCAAGGCGCACGCGCUGCAGGCCACCGUCGACCAGCUGCAGGGCCAGCUCAACGAGGCCAGGAGCCACGGCGCGAGCGCGACAUCAGCGAUCGAGGCCCGGCUCGCCGCCCAAGCCCAGGCGCUGGCCGCGGCCCAGGCCGAAGCCGACCAGAAGGCCCGCCGAGCCACGGAGCUCGAGGCGGAGGUAGGCCGGCUGCGGGCCAAGAGCGAAAGCGACAAGAGUGAAAGCGAAGAAAGAGCGAAGAGUGCGGCGCGCGAGCACGACGCGGAGAAAGCGAAGAGCGCCGACCUGCAGGCCAAGCUGGCCGCGCUCGAGAAGGAGCUCGAACAGAGUCGCGCCCAGGAGGCGCAGAAGCAGGCAUCCGUCGACGCCGUGGGCCAGAAGCUGGCGGCGCUGCAGAGCGAACUGCUCGCCAAGGAGCAAGCGGUGGUCGAAGCCCGUGAGAAGCAGGAGCUGCUGGUCGCUGAGCUGAAGCGCGCGCAAAGCGAGGCAGCCGACCAUGACAAGAAGGUCGUUGAGCUGCGGGAAUCGCUCGACGCGGCGACCUGCAGGGCUGGCCAGCGCGGCGAGCUCGAGGAGCAGGAGACAGCUAAGGCACAGGCAGAGCUGAUCGAGGCCAGGCGCGCGGUCGAGCGCGCCGAGCAGCUGUUGAGUCAGGAGCGCGAGCAGCGCGCACGAUUCGAGCACGAGCUCGAGAUCGCCGCGCAGAAGUUGAAGGCGACGUGCGAGCAGCGACGGCGUGAGAGCGAGAGCAGCAGCGACGCCUUGGAGGCUUCGGUCUCGGUCGUGGCAGCGGAGGAGCUCGCCGAGCUGCAGCACAAGAUCGGCAACCUCGAAACGCUGCUCGAAGCAAUGCGCGACGAGGUCAAGCGCGCCCACGAAGCCGAGGAGGAGGCCGACAGGUUCAAGGAAUCAAACGAGCAAGAGCUGCACGAGCUGCGGGAGCUGGUCAAGGAGAAGGACAACCAGCUGCGCCGGACCAGGCAGCGCAUGAACAACCGCGUCUCGCAGCUCAUCCUCGGCAUGGAGGAGGGCGAGGGCCUCGAGGCCCUUCGUCAGCAGCUCGACGAGAAGGAGAAGGAGCUGGAGGAGGCCAAGGCCAAGGCCGUCGAGGAGGGCCGCAUCCAGCUGGCCAAGGUCAUGAAGCUUGUCGAAGACAAAGCCAAGGAGAUGAAGAAGAUGAAGAAGCAGCUCAAGGAGGUGAAGAAGAAGAGCAAGACGAGCGAGAUCGAGCUGGAGAAGGCCCAAGCCAAGAUCCUCCUGUACGAGGAACAGCUCCAGCACGAGAAGAAUGGUCUCCUGGGGAAGGAAAAGAUGAGCUUGAUUUCCAAGAUCGAGCAGCUCAAGACGCACGAGCUGCAACUCAUGGAAGAACUCUCCAACAUGCAGUCCAGGAAACGAGCGCCGUCGUUCUCGGCGCUGCCGCUGUUGAAGGGCACGACCAAGGCCAAGCUCCUGGGCUCCCUCUCGGCCAUGCCCGCCGAAGACGCCGAGCAGCUGAAGAAAGAAAAGAAGGAACUCAAGGAAAAGGAGAGGAAGGAAAAGGAGGACAAGAAGGAGAGGAAACGCAAGGAAAAAGAAAAGGAAAAGAUGCAGGCCGGCAAGGACCCCAAGGCCAUCACCCCGCGCGGCCUCGGCAAGAAGGGCGACAAGAAGCUUCCUCAGAAUCCUGUGUUUGGAGUAUCGCUGGAGGAGAUCCAUCAGAAGGAUCCGUCGCGCACCGUGCCACGGGUGGUUGAGCGGCUGGUGCAGUAUCUCGAGGAACAUGAGGUGUUUGAGACCGAGGGCAUCUUCCGCAAGUCCGGGCGCAAUCUCUCGAUCGAUGCCCUCCGCAAGGAAUUCGACUUUGCGGGCCAGGGCAAGGAAGACGACGUCAGCCUCGUCGACGACGAAAACGUCGGCAUUCACGAGGUCGCGGGCACGCUGAAGUUGUUCCUGCAAAUGCUCCCCGAGCCUCCGCUUUCCUACCAACUCUACAACUCGUACAUCGCUCUUCAAGACACGUUUGAGAGCUUGCGGCGAGAGAAGACCGAGCAGGAAGAGGAGGUGUGUCGCGAGGAGUACCUCGCCUCGCUGGUGGCCCUGCUCAAGCAGCUGCCCAAAGCCAACCUCGACCUCCUCUUCUACAUCCUCAAGUUCUGCAACAAGCUCAGCAAAUCGGCCGAGCAGACCAAGAUGACAUCGCACAAUCUGUCGCUCAUCUUCUCCCCGUCGCUCUGCAGCCCCGAGGUGCCCGACAUCACCUACCAGACUCAGAUGCCCAAGCUCGGGGGGAUGGUGAAGACGAUGAUGGACGAGGUGUUCGCCAUUGAGGCCGCCGUGUGCAGCACCAGCUCCCACUGA